AUGACGACGAUAGUGAUUUCGAACUGGAUAAGCCCUAUGCUGAGCUGCGCAGAAUUGUUGCGGCGUAAUGUGUUUGCCAAACAAAAUUUCUGCAUAANAACGCCACUCUUUCAACUGUUGCGCGGUAUGCCGAAAGGCGGCGUGUUGCAUGCGCAUGAUAUGGCGCUGUGUAGCAGUGAAUACCUGCUGCGCCUAACAUAUCGUGAGCACUUGUGGGUUUGUGUUUCGCGCAGUCAGACAAAAGAGUACGAGCGGCUGCGAUUCUCUUUGUUGCGGCCGCAGAGCGAGCAGCCGUGCGAAUGGUUGCUUUUGAGCGACUUCCGUGAGAGUGAGCGUGGCGAUGUUGUUGAUAAGAAAUUAUUAGCCCAAUUGACUAUGUAUCCGCAAGUGCAGUUCGACAAUGAGGAUGCGGUGUGGAAGCAUUUUCGUAGCAUAUUUCGACUUGUUAUCGGGCUGUUGACCUAUGCGCCCGUAUGGGAGGAGUACAUCUACAGGGCGCUGGAGGAAUUUUACGCAGAUGGCGUGCAAUAUUUGGAAAUACGUUCCGUAUUACCAAUAUUUUACGACCUAGUUGGUGGCAACUAUACCAUACUGAAUACGACGCGCGCAAUGCGCAAUGCGGAAUUACGUUUCCGCGCAACACAUUCGGACUGGAUUGGUUCGCGCCUGGUCUAUGCGCCGACGCGAAAAGUUAGCGACGCUCGCUUCGUCGAGUAUCUCGGCAAUGCGCUGUUGUUGAAGUCCCACUUCCCCGACUACCUUGCCGGCUUUGACUUGGUUGGCUAUGAGGCCGAGGGUCGCCCAUUGCGUGAUUAUGCUCGCGAGCUUCUCGCUGUACAAGAUGAAAUCAACUUCUACUUUCAUGCUGGCGAAACAAAUUGGUAUGGCUCAAGCAUCGAUGAAAAUCUACUCGACGCUGUGCUACUCGGCACUAAGCGCAUUGGUCAUGGCCUGGCGCUGCUUAAGCAUCCCGAGGUGUUGCGUUUGGCACGUUUGCGAAACAUUGCCAUCGAAGUGAGCCCGAUAUCAAAUCAAGUGUUGCAAUAUGUUGGCGAUUUGCGUACUCAUCCCGCUGCGGUGCUGUUUGCGCAAAAUUAUCCGGUUGUGAUCGCUUCGGAUGAUCCAUCAUUUUGGAAGGCUACGCCGCUCACACAUGACUUCUAUGUGGCAUUCAUGGUGAUUGGCUCGCAGAAGGCACAUCUUGGCAUGCUAAAGCAGUUGGCUUGGAACUCGAUUGCUUAUGGGGCAUUUGAACAGGCUCAGCGGGAGGAAGCCUUUGAAAAAUGGACUAAAAGAUGGGAGAAAUGGAUUGACGAUGUCCUGAGGUAGACGACGGGAUGCGAAUA